ACAGACGCAGCUCUAACACGUGGUUUCCCCGCGGUGCGUGUUCUGACCGGCUGAUGGUAAUCAGAUCAGAAAACUACUUCACAACUAUUGAUUGUUGUCUUCGAUCAGCUUGUUCGAUCAGAAAUGACUAAAGUGAAGAAGGAGAAGGUGUCGGCGGACGAAGAGGAGGCCGCUGCCGCCGGCGGGAGCGAGAAGUCUUACCAGGAGCUGAUCGCCAACGUGAACCCGAUCGCUCAGCCGCUGGCCUCCAGGAAACUCAGCAAGAAACUCUACAAAUGCGUCAAAAAGGCUGCCAAAGUGAAGAACAUCCGACGGGGAGUGAAAGAAGUUCAGAAGUUCAUCAACAAAGGAGAGAAAGGUAUCGUGGUCAUGGCCGGCGACACGCUGCCCAUCGACGUCUACUGUCACCUGCCGAUCAUGUGCGAAGACAGAAACCUGCCGUACGCCUACAUCCCAUCCAAAGUGGAUCUCGGUUCUUCUGCAGGAUCCAAGAGGCCAACGUGUGUGAUCCUGAUCAAACCUCAUCAGGACUAUAAGGACGCCUACGACGAGUGUGCGGAGGAGGUGUCCAACCUGCCCAAACCACUCUGAGGCACAUCAGCCAAUCAGGGAGCAGCUAUGAGGUCACUGCCUUCAUUUAAAUAAACCCACAGCUUAAAGGAGCAGUCCAACGUUUCUCGUCAGAAGCUCCGUCUCCUUUCUACGUCUCUGUUUCUACGCCUGAUGAAUAAAGUACAUCUCACGUGUCCAUCAGAGUCAACGCAGCUGGAUUUGAUGGAGCUAGGCUAACAGUUUCCCUCUGCUUCCAGUCUUUGUGCUAAGCUAGGCUAACAACACUGUGUAGAAGACAGAACGCGGGGGUUUGUUUAAAUGUCAGUGUUUUUGUUUGUUUUCCGUCGGUGCUGUAAAUAAAGUUUAUGCGUCACUGCACGGCUAAGAAGUUUAACUGUGAUGAAAAAAUGUUGUAAUUCAAAGGCCAGAAAAUGAAAAUGAUCCAGUGAAGUACGCGGGGGCGUGGCAGUGGGUUUGGUGUGAGCCGGACUGAUGAUGUGUGUCCUGCUCAGUGGACGACGGCAGCAGGACACAGUGAGACAGGAGACAACGGCAGAUUCACUCCUUAUUUUUCCUUUUGCUUUUAAUAUCUUUUUGUAUGAUUUGACAUUUUUUCCCCUUGAACAUUAAACCUGCUUCUGUCCGUGGAGGGUUGUGGUUCUGCGGGUGAACUUUCCGAACCUGUGCUUCAGCCGAGGUUCCUCAGAAAUGUUUCAAGUUUUUUAAUAAAAAAAAACCAUGAAGUGAA